GCAUCCGGAAAACAUAUGCUAGUCGGUGAGCGACAAUCUUAUAGCCCAAGUGCCCACCCGGCUGCAAGCGCAUCUUUAACUCCCACCCCACCUCUUUAGUCUUGCAUUUAGAUGAUUCCAAAGAACUCAUAAACAUGGUUAUGAAAGGUUUAACAAUGAACCCUUCAAUUUUCCACAACAAAUUCAGCUCUUUUGUACCAUUUGGUUCUCGCAAAUACCCAUUAUUUGCUUCUUCUUGUCGUUGCCUUUCAACUUCAGCUUCAAUUUCAUUGGAGAAUGAAUCUGUUUCACUCGGGCACUUCACCCGACCCGAUUUUCCUAUCCUUCAUCAGGAAGUAUAUGGUCACAAACUUGUCUAUUUGGACAAUGGUGCAACUUCUCAGAAGCCGUCUGCUGUAAUAGAGGCUUUAAAAAACUACUAUGAAGCUUACAAUGCAAACGUGCACAGAGGAAUACACUUCUUGAGUGCCAAAGCAACUGAUGAAUAUGAGUUAGCUAGGAGAAAGGUGGCCACGUUCAUCAAUGCCAAAGAGUCUGGUGAAAUUGUAUUUACAAGGAAUGCUACUGAAGCAAUUAAUUUAGUGGCUAAUUCUUGGGGCCUCUCAAAUUUGGAAUCAGGAGACGAGAUCAUCCUCACUGUUGCUGAACACCAUAGUGCUAUUGUCCCCUGGCAACUGGUGGCUCAGAAAACUGGUGCCCAAUUGAAAUUUGUCAGUUUGACCAAAGAUGAAGUUCCUGAUACCGGUGCAUUGCUGGAUAUGCUAUCAAGAAAGACAAAAUUGGUUGUUGUUCAUCAUGUCUCUAAUGUACUUGCCUCUACUCUACCAAUUCACGAUAUAGUGCACUCGGCUCAUGCUGUUGGGGCAAAAGUUUUGGUUGAUGCUUGUCAGAGUGUCCCACACAUGGCAGUUGAUGUACAGAGCCUUGGUGCUGAUUUUCUUGUUGCUUCGUCUCAUAAGAUGUGUGGUCCUACAGGAGUGGGAUUCCUAUAUGGCAAAGAGGAGCUUCUAUAUUCAAUGCCUCCUUUCUUAGGUGGCGGGGAAAUGAUUUCUGACGUGUACUUGGAUCACUCCACGUAUGCAAAUCCUCCAUCCAGAUUUGAGGCUGGAACACCAGCUAUUGGUGAGGCCAUUGGAUUAGGAGCAGCUAUAGAUUAUCUAUCUGGAAUCGGAAUGCAAAAGAUCCACAACUAUGAGGCAGAAUUAGCUGAUUAUUUAUACGAAAGGCUAUCUUCAGUCCCUAAGAUUCGGAUUUAUGGACCGGUGCCUUCACAAAAUGUUGGUCGAGCUCCUCUUUGCUCAUUCAAUGUAGAAAAUAUUCAUCCAACAGACAUUGCCACGUUUCUUGAUCAACAGCAUGGAGUGGCAAUCAGAUCAGGCCACCAUUGUGCACAACCUCUGCAUAGACAUUUGGGAAUGAAUGCGAGUGCACGGGCUAGUCUCUACUUUUACAACACCAAGGACGAAGUUGAUCACUUUGUUCAGGCGCUAAAUGAUACAAUCUCUUUCUUUACUUCAUUCAUGUAGAUUUUACAUUUUAAUUUUCACUUCCCUCAUCCCCUGUAAGGCUGUAAUAAUAUUGUAUGAGAUACAAAUUAUUUGAUUAGUCAGCCAAAAAUAAAGGCUUGUUUAAAUGCAGUUAAUUGUAAGAUAGUUGAUAAAUUAUUAUUCUAUUAAUGAAAGUAAUUUAAUAAAAACUUUCAAUUGCA